AGGCGCGGUUGUCCCAGGUCAUCCAGCGCGUCGCCGCGCUGAUGAAGGCCCGCAACAUGGACAAGUUCUGGCGUUGCUUCGAGAAGGUGGAGAAGAGGGGGCAGCUGUUCCCGCAGAAGAGCGGCAAGAUCAGCCCGGCCCACUUCAUGCAGAGCUUCCCGUUCCUGAAGGACUUCAGCCCGCAGGACGUGAGGCUGAUCCUCCAGCGCUACACGGAGGAGAGCGGGGGCGUCAACGUGAAGGCCAUGAGCGUGGAGCUUGAGGAGGCGCUCGAGAACCUCCCGGACCCCAACAGGUCCGCCAGCGUCACCGCGCUCGCGCCCGGCAUGGUGAGGCGGCAGCGGGCGCCCGCGCGGUCAGCGAGCGAGGCCUCCCUGCGGCCCAGCACGUCGCCGGCGAGCAUCGGGCGGGUGACGGUCGAGAGGAAUCCCGCGGGCCAGAGGGGCUUCGUCGAGAGGCCCACCUCGGCCGCGGCGCGGAAGCCCCUGCGCCCGCUGGACAGAGGCACCCUGGACAGCGAGGCCGCGCUGAGGCCGUCCAGCGCCCUCUCCACGAGCCUGACCAACGCAAGGAGGAAAGCAUACCCCAAAGACGUGGACACCCUUGCCAAGGUACGCUCCUUCCUUGCCGAGCGGGAUAUUCGCAUCGAUGACCGCUUCCUGGAUUACGAUCGGCUCAGAAAGGGCGUGUGUACCAUGAACCAGGCCUUCUCCGUAUUUACAAUUGCCGGUCUUAAGCUGGGCACGAAGGACCACGACAACCUUUUGAACGCGUACCACGACGAAUCUGGCCGUUUCUGCUACCGUGAUUUCCUCAAGGACGUGAACAAGUCGGAAGAGGAGAGCAGAGACGGCAAGCCAGCUUUCGACAAGCGCAAGAUGCGCCAUCCAGGUGCGGUGGAAGGCGAGGACGCGACACUCCUAGAGGGAGUUUUGGACAGAUUGGAGAGGCAGGUGCGCGAUCGCGGCAUGGAGAUCAGGACGCUCUUCGACGACUUCAGGGUCAUCAGCGGGAUAUGCUCCGCCGGCCACGUGACCAGGGCGCAGUUCUCGAGGAUCAUGUCCAUGCUGAACUUCAACGUGACCGAGCCCGAACUGGACGUGCUGAACCGCAGGUUCGGGGACACCGAGGACAGCGAGGAGUUCAACUACCUGGACUUCUGCAACGUGAUAGACCCGAGGCCCCCCCCCGCGGAGCCCCAGCUCGACCUCGACGUCCCCUCGUACGUGCCCUUCAAGGCCAGCCGCUCGUCGAGAGCAGAAAGCUCACUGUUUUUCCUCUGCGAUCGGUGACCUCAUUGUCUCCUCCCCCUGCUCGCCCUCUCCUCUCCCCCCACUGGCAGCGCGCCUUGGGAGGAAGGCCGAGCAGGCACUCUCGGAAGGUGGCGCGGUUUCUCGAAACCCCCUCCAGCCUUCUGCGGGAGCCCCCUGCGCCGCAGCUUCUCGGCAUGCCGGAGGCCUUCCGAGCCUUCUGAGAAGGCCCGUUCCCUCUCUGCAUUUCCCCGUGGGUGCGCCAUCGAUCCAAGGUCAACCACUACUUCGACGCGUCCGGGAGGGUCAUACCCCAGGGGUCCCUGCCCGGGCUCGGCCGCACCAGGCCGAGCAGGCCCUGCCACUGAGCCCGCGCGGCUCACGGCCUGAGCGAGGCAGCGUGUGCAGCCGAGGUGGCACAGCAGCGGCGGGAGGGGCAGGGUUGUUGGAGGAUGACGGGUGAGAAAGGGUGGUGGCG